AUGUCUGCUACAGCACAUACGACAGACUACGCUUUACCACAGCAACCAGCGAGCUUCCUCCUGCCAAACACAAAUCCGAUUGGCGUGGCAGCGAACACGAGUUACAAUGCUGGGAUGACGCCAUACAGUCGCCUGAACAGUCAAGUCUGGACCGAUUCCAACCUGCUUGCAAAUACAUACAGUAGCCAUACGGGCUCCGAAACUCCACGAGCAUCUUUCGACCCGUCUGUGAGCGAGCCUGGUAACUCUGCACAAGCCGGCGUUCCUUACCCACUCAAUACCAACACAGCGUCUAUGAGCAACAGCUGCGCGAGCGAUCGGACCCUGCCUCGACCUGGAAGCCAGAACUAUUCGAGUGCUCAGCACUCCUCCGCGCAGGAAAAUCUCCCACUUUCUGCUGUAUCACAUCGCUCCUCGGUCGGAUGGUCGACAGACUCUGCCAGUAACGCCAGCCAUGUUUCCAGUCAGACUAGUCUCACAGGUGGUACUCCAGGAGCGAACGACUACAUCACAGACCGGUCCUACAUGCAACGUGGCUACCAGGGUUCCAAAGAUUUAGCAUACCAGUAUCCAAGCUAUGACAACAGCCCUCAGCAAGCAGUGCCGCAUAAUAGUCUUGGAGCCGCUGAUGAACUUAGUCUACCUUGUUGCUCGGACGCGACUGGAGCGCGAGGAAUGACAGCCACGGCCAUCACAGGGGUUACUGAGAACACUUCUUCGACCGUUCGAGGAUCCGUGCAGAAUCGUUCACAGUAUGAACGAUCUGAAACAAUCUCCACGGAAGCGACACCUUUGCAGCCAUCCAGCAUCACAAGCAAUCUUAAUGAACAUGGCCGUCGCAGCGAUGGCUAUGUGAGCGGCGAUGCAAGCAAUACGAACGAUAAUUGCAACAACCCCGGAGACGUUUCCGAACCAAGCGCGGCCUCCUCGAACGAGCCCGCCUACGCCACAAAUCCCUAUAGCGCUGCAGCUGGCGGUCCGGAAAAUGUGAGCAGUAGCAGAAACUCCGCGACAAGUGUUUCCGCAUCGCCUCUGCCCACUUCUGAUAACGUGAGCUGCAGCCAGACAUCAUCCACCGCCACGAUCGAAGCAUGCACCACAAUGCCAGAGUCGAGUGGCAGACAUGCAUCGACCUGUCACACACAUGGCGGCACCGGAGGUGAUGGUUACACGACAGCCGCCCACCUCCAUCCCUCAUCAGCUUUCACGGGCAACGCAUUGGUGAUACCAUCACCUCACUCUCAAACACGGGGCGCUGCUACAUCGGGAAUGGGUACCGGUCGACUGACGUCUGUCAAUCCUGGUCUCUCCAUGUAUGCAUCUGCACGUGGCUCAGCUGGCUCAUCGACAUCGAUGAUGUCCAAUCUCAACUACGGCAUUGGCACUGACAUUAGUUCGGAGUACCAUGCUGGGUCGUCUCGCUAUGGCCAUGAUGUGUCCAACAGACUUGGACUUGCAGACAAUUCGAACCGCGCUGGUGAUGGCGUUGAGUACACAGCCGAUGCCUACAGCCAGCAAGACGGACGAUAUGGCUCGACUGCGACGGCUUCUGUAUCGAGCCGGUCCAGAACUAUGGCCAGCAGUCGGCGAUCGACCAACGAUCGUUGA